AAAUAUGAGACUGGGGAUGCCUGUAGCUCAUUCUACUCUCGAGCCCACCAGGAACGAAAGACAACUCCAUCUGCCCUCCAGGAACCGCUAUGAAGUUCCUCUCCACAAGAGACUUCCAUCCACUUGCCUUCUUGGGUCUGUUGCUUGCGAUGGCCACUGCCCUUCCUACCUCACAAGUCCGGAGAGGAGACUUCACAGAGGACACCACUCCCAACAGACCAGUAUAUACCACUUCACAACAAGUCGGAGGCCUGAUUACAUAUAUCCUCAGGGAAAUCUUCGAAAUGAGAAAAGAGUUGUGUAACAGCGAUCCUGAUUGUAUGGCCAAAGAUGAUGCCUUGUCAGAAAACAAUCUGGAACUUCCGGUGAUACAAAUAAAUGAUGGAUGCUUCCAGACCAGAUACAAUCGGGAAAUGUGCCUACUGAAAAUCAUCUCUGGUCUUCUGGACUACCAGAUCUACCUGGAGUUUGUGAAGAACAAUGUACAAGAGAACAAGAAAGACAAAGCCAGAGUCCUUCAGAGCACUACCAGAACCCUAAAUCAGAUCUUCAAACAACAGAUAAACUGGAGUCACAGAAAGAGUGGUCGAAAACCAAGACCAUCCAACUCAUCCUGAAAGCACUUGAAGAUUUCCUAAAGGACACCUUGAGGUCUACUCGGCAAAACUAGUGUGCUGUGCCUUUGUGUAGCAAUCUGUGAACAUUCCUCACUGUGGUCAGAAAAUAUAUCCUGUCACCGGGUAUCUACCUUAUGUUGUUCUCUACGAAGAACUGACAGUAUGAAUGUUGGGACACUAUUUUAAUUAUUUUUUUAAUUUAUUGAUAAUUUAAAUAUGUAAACUAUAAGUUAAUUUAUGAUUAAUAUUUAUAAUUUUUAUAAAAUGUCACUUGAAAUACUAUAUGUAAUAGUUUUGAAAUGAUAAUAUAAAAAUCUAUUUGGUCUGAAUAUUCUGUUACAUAACUAGAUUACUUCUUGGAAUGUAUAAAUUUACCUCAAUAAAUUGCUAAUUUAUACAUGUUUUUAAAGAAAUCUUUGUGUUGUAUUUUUAUGAUCUUUAGACUGUCUCCAGACAAAGAAAUCACAUUAUCUUUAAAAA